AUGAACGAAGAAAUUGAUCCAAUUACAAAUCAAGCAAAGUAAACUUAAAGCAGCUUUUAGGAAGUAUAUUAAUCUAAUAAUACUAAUCAUAUGAAUGAAAUCUUAAAUUACUUCUGGGACAAAGUAAAUGCUAAAUUUGACCAACUUAUAAAGGCUUUUAAAUUCUUCGAUGUCCAGAAUAGAGGGUAUUUGACUUUCAAUGAUUUCAAGUUUAGCAUUGAGAAACUUUCAAUUAUCUUGUAGCCUCAGGAUGUAUUUGACCUUUUCACUUAUAUUGAUAAAGUAUUUUUUUAAUUUAAUCGUAUGCAGAGCGGGGAUGGAUUGAUUAGUUUCAAUGAAUUUUGCCUCUUAAGUGAAGAUUUCAAGCCUAUUCAGCUUAAAUUAAGCAAGGACUUUGAAACUAAAGGAAGAAGAUAGGCUAAUAAGUAACAUUUUAUGUCUGAGGCUCACAGCUAAUACUCUAAAGAAGCAAUUACAUAAACUAGAGAAUUUAGAAGCAAAUCCUAAUUAGAUCAUUCAUCUAAUUUUAGUGUAAUUGAAGAAAAUAAAAUAAAAAAUCAAGUCCCUGAUUUCGAGAAAAUCAUAGGACAUCAGUAUCUUACUGUUGAAAGAAAGCCCUAGAUAAAGCUAGAAAAGGUGGAUAUUUUUCGUAAUUAUAGGCAAACUAAUACAAGUUCUUUGAAAUUAGAAUCUAUUAAAUUAAAGCGGUUCACUGAAAUGUUUGCUGAUUAAGGUGGCAAUACUUCGAGAUCAUAGAAUAAAAAGUAUAAUCGAUCAAGAUAAGCUAGAGAUUAUGCUUUGCUAAGGAGAAAUUUAUUUUAAGUAGAUAAUGAUGAUUAAUAGGUGAAAAUUAAUAAUAGCUAGAUCCUGCCUGAGGUUAAGAAAUCUAAGUUAUGA